AUGCGCCUCGCCGGCGGCGCCGGCUCCCCCCGGGCGGCGCCGUCGCCCGGGAACGGCAGCCGGUGGCGGGCGGCGGAGCCCGGCGGCGGCGGCAGCCCCAGCCCCGAGGCGUGGUCGGGGUCGCCCAACGGCAGCCUGGGCGGCUGGGACCCCUUCGGGCGGGACGAGGAGCUGGCGAAGCUGGAGAUCGCCGUGCUGGCCGUCACCUUCGCCGUGGCCGUGGUGGGCAACGGCAGCGUGCUGCUGGCCCUGCGGCGCACGCCGCGCAAGGCGUCCCGCAUGCACCUCUUCAUCCGGCACCUCAGCCUGGCCGACCUGGUGGUGGCCUUCUUCCAGGUGCUGCCCCAGCUCUGCUGGGAGGUGACCCACCGCUUCCACGGCCCCGACGGGCUCUGCCGGGUCGUCAAGCACCUGCAGGUCUUCGGCAUGUUCGCCUCGGCGUACAUGCUGGUGGCCAUGACGGCCGACCGCUACAUCGCCGUCUGCCACCCGCUGAAGACGCUGCAGCAGCCCACCAAGCGCUCCUACGGGAUGAUCGCGGCGGCCUGGGCGCUCAGCCUGCUGCUCAGCACCCCGCAGUACUUCAUCUUCUCCCUCAGUGAGGUGGAGCGCGGCUCGCAGGUCUACGACUGCUGGGCGCACUUCAUCAUGCCCUGGGGGCCCCGCGCCUACGUCACCUGGAUCACCGGCGGCAUCUUCGUCGCGCCCGUCCUCAUCCUCGUCACCUGCUACGGCUUCAUCUGCUACCACAUCUGGCGCAACGUCAGGGGCAAGACGCGCCCGGGGGAGGCGGCGGCGGGCGGCGGGCGGCGGGCGGGUGGCGGCGGGCCGCGGCGGGGGCUGCUGCUCGCCCCCUGUGUCAGCAGCGUCAAGACCAUCUCCCGCGCCAAGAUCCGCACCGUCAAGAUGACCUUCGUCAUCGUCUCGGCGUACGUCGUCUGCUGGGCGCCCUUCUUCACCAUCCAGAUGUGGUCCGUCUGGGACCAGCGCUUCCCCUGGGUCGAUUCUGAAAACACUGCGACUACCGUCACGGCUCUGUUGGCCAGUCUGAAUAGUUGCUGUAACCCAUGGAUCUACAUGUUCUUCAGCGGGCACCUCCUGCAAGACUGCAUACAGAGCUUCCCUUGCUGCCAAAAAAUAAAGCAAACGCUGAGUAAAGAAGAUUCAAAUAGCAACAGCAGGCGACAGACUUCUUUUACCAACAACAGAAGCCCGACCCACAGCCUGAACACCUGGAGAGAGUUGCCCCACUCCAAGUCAUCCAGCUUCAUCCCCAUUCCUACCUGA